CCCCACCUCCCGGAGCCCAGCAUGGGGCAGUGGGCACUUUGGGGCUACAUCUGUCUGCUCUGCUGCUCCUUUCUGAGCACAGCCAAAGGCAGCCCAUGGGUGCUUUCCUUCCAGCCGGGCAUGCUGUACCAGUACCACUAUGCCCUGGCCAUGCAGCUGGGCCCCGUGGCUGGCCUGUCCCCGUCUGGGGGGUGGCUGCAGGCACAGGCUGUGGUCAGGAUUCGUCAGCUCCACAGGGACCCCAGCGGGGAUGAGCUGCUCCAGGUGCAGAUCCAAGACCUGAAAGCCCAGCAGAAGCCUGAGGGUCCUGAAGGUCCUCCCAUGGACAUUGCACUGAAUGAGGAGGUGCAGUCAGAACUCCAAAAGCCAGUUUUCAUCUCCUGGAGCAGCGGGAAGAUCAAAGCCCUGCAUGGGGAUGAAACAGAAGGCACCCUGAUCACCAACCUGAAGCGAGGUGUUGUCAGCCUGCUCCAGCUCCAGCCCCACGCCAGCACCAUCGUGGAGGAAGACGCCUCUGGGAGCUGCCAGGUCACAUACACCGUGUCCAACCACUCCAUUGUAAAGACAAAAGAUCUCCUCAGCUGCACAAAGCCAAAAAUGGGAUAUGCCUCUCCGAACAAAAUGUUUGGCAUCCAGUGGCAGCCCUCCAGCAGAAGCCUGUAUGUGGUGAAGGACAGCCUGCUGCAGUCGGUGCUGGCAGAGGAGAGCCACAUGCUGUCCCUAGUCUUGAGGUCCACCACUGGUGUCAAAAUCAGCUCAAGGCAGGAGCUCAAGCUGGUGUCUUCAACGCCCAGUCCUGCAGUGGCAGCUGAAGAGAGCCUUGAGAACGUGCUGGCUAGCAUAGAGGGACAGCACCAGCCCCUGGCCAUAGCCAGCCUGCCCUUCAGGAGGGGCUGCACCCACUGCCCUUCGCUGACGGCCUAUCUGAAGACCUUUGAUAGCCAGCAAGCCAAAAUGGACAUCUCAAAGGCUGCAACUACGUGGCAGUUCCAGAGGUUCAUCCAGAUGCUGCGCAGUGCCAAGAAGAGAGAUGUGCUGCAGCUGCUGAAGAGAGCACCUGAGAAGAUGCUACCCUUUGUGGUGGAGGCAGCGGUGGCCGCGCAGUCGGUGCCAGCCUUGGCAGCUCUCUCAGACUUCCUGGAUUUCAGCAAGGAGCCCGGGUCCCUACUGGAGACGUUCCUCUAUGCAGCAGCCUUCUCUCCCCGACCUACAAAAGAGCUGCUGCGUUUGGUGCUGGACAAGCUGGAUGGGAAGCAGAUGGCACCCGAGGUCCGGGACACAGGGAUGGUGGCCCUGGGCUCUCUGGUUGGAAAGCUGUGCCAGCAGCAGCUGUGCGGACUGCAGGAGGUGAAACACGGCAUGGAAACCAUCCUAACAGGGCUGAGAAGUGCCGAGAAGGAGCACGAGGCAGUCAUCCACCUUCUGGCCCUGGGGAAUGCGCAGCUCCCCAGCACCAUCCCCACCCUCCUGGAGCACGCAGAGAAAGGUCCCACCGCCGUGGCAGCUGCAGCCAUCAGCGCCCUGCGGCAAUUCCGUGCCUGGCACAUCACCAGCGAGGUGAAAAGAGCAAUGAGGAGGAUCUUCCACGAGAAGAGGAAGAGCUACGAGAAAACAUGCCGCUUGGCCGCUGCAGAAAUCCUCUUGGAUAACACACCCUUGUCCAUGGAUGUCAUCAACAUCCUGCUGGCCGCUCACCAUCUGGGAACAGAAGCAGCAACGUUCCUGUUACUGAAGGUGCAGAGCAGCCUGCAUGCCAACCACCACCCAGCAAGGAAGAUAAUGAGUGACAUCAUGAGAGACCCUCGGAUAAACAACUACAACCACUUUUCGAAAGCUGGCAUCUCCUCCUCCUUCUCAGGACCUCUGACAGCCACCAAGGAACUGCUCUCCACCUUCGGGCUGGACCUGCUGUUUUUGGAGGGUGGGUUCCUGAGAAAGAGUGUCUCCGACUUCUCGCUGCUCAGCCAAGACUGGCAUCUUCGUGCGGCUCAGGUCACUAUAGAAGCACAAGGGAUGGAGUCUAUGCUGGGAGAAAACACCUUGGAAGGGGAAGAGGGGCCAGAGCUCACGGCUGGGAUGUCUGCCAUCUUCUUUGAUGUCCAGUUGCGGCCCAUCAUCUUCUUCAAGGGAUAUACAGACCUAAUGGCCAAGGUUCUGCUGAGCAGUGGGGAACCCACAAGCGUGGUCAAAGGGAACCUCCUGCUGAUGGACCAUCACCAGGUCAUCCCUCUGCAGUCUGGUCUCCAGGCAGUGGUCAAACUCCAGGGUGGACUCGGGCUUGAUAUCUCAGCCAACGUGGAUGUGAACAUCUGGGAGCAGGAACUGAAGACCAGUGUCGACACCAGGGGAAGCCUCACCAUUGAUUUCCAGGCAGAAUUGGACACCCCUUUCCUCCAUACCACCCUGAGGAGCCAGACAGAGGCAGAGACCUCAAUCUACUUCGACACCAUCCUGAGAUUUUCCAGUAGCCCUGUGCUCAUGUGCCUGCAGCUGAGGGAGGAUCAGGUACCCUAUAGAGAGGUCUUCACCAUCUCUACAUCUGCUGGGAACCAAAGCAGCACUAUUCGAAAAGGCCGGCAGGGCACUGUGCCUGCCCAGGAGUUUGCCCUGCACCAGGCCAACUCUGAGAUGUGCCACCUGCUGCUGACAGCAGAGGAGGGAGCAUAGGAGAGGAGACCAUUUGGGACAGAGCUUCUGCAUCCCUGCCUGCCAUGCACCCUGGUUCUUCAUGAGCUGGCAAAACCUCUGCCCAUCUCUGCCACAACCAGAUUGCUGUAAGAAAAAUGAUGAAAUGAGAGCAUCAGAAGAGGUGGAGGAACUGCUGCAGGGCAGCAAGAGGCACCCCUUGCUUGCGGCUAGGAUCUUUGCACCCUUUAGUUCUUUCAACCUGAACUCUUCUCCUCCAUGGGCAUUGCCUGAAGCUAGAGCAAUCCAUGUAACAAGCCUUGUGAUACACAGCCUUCUUUUGCAAAUAUGUUUCUGAUAGCCCAAAAAAAGCAUGCUACAGUCUGAUACAUGUUUUCCUUCCAUUUAUUAAACAGUUGGAAGGGAACAACACAUCUGCAGCUGGCAAGGAGAAAGUUGCCCACAAGGGAGUGUAAUAACAUCACCCCACAUUAAUGCACAAUUUUGUGGCUGCCGAAGAGACCAGGAACAUGGAAAAUAAAUGUAUUACUGGAGGA